GGACCUUGUUGGAGAUUCAUUUGUGUGAACAAGGCUUUUCAUCAUGUUCUUGUAUACCACCUUCAGAAGAGUUUUACUUUUAAAAGGCUGCCACCUUUCUUCAGAGGCCUAUCACUGGACCUCCAUGCUAGGGAAAGCUACACCAAUAUUUUUUCUGCUUGCUGUGCAGCUGUGAAAGGAACAGUGAAAAGAAAAACCAGCUUGGAAGGAACAGCUGGGCGAGUGUCAGAAACUGGGGGAGGAGUCCACGGUGCGGAGAGGAGCCGCAGCCGCGAACGGGCUGGUCACAUUGGAGGCCGCAUCAUCGGCUGCAUCAGCGGAAAGGGAAGUCGGAGGGCGUGCACACCCACUGCUCGGGCGGGCCCCUAAGCAAGCAAGCAGGCAGGCAGGCAGGCAGGCAAGGGUGGAAGGAAAAGGCUCGAGCUUUGGGCAGCCGAGCUGGAUCAGGAACCGCCGGCCUCCCCGUCCGGAUUGCUAGGGGAGGCUAGUUUGGGUUUUGCUCCAUGCAAUGCGCCGCCUCCCUUAGCGCGAUGCAGCGGGCCGGAGGAGGAGCGGCAGCGGCGGCAGCAACAGCGGCGGAGCCUGGAGGAGGAGGCGGUGGAGGCGAGGCGGUUGCAGCAGCGGCGGCCUCGUACCGGGUACUGAGCCGCUUGCUGGGCUACGGCGGGGCUGAGUCCGCCGCAGCCGGGUUGGCGCUUGGAGGAGCCGUCGGGGAAGUGGCUGGGGAUCGGGGAAGGGCAGGCGGGCUGCGGGGUUCGCAGCUCCUGGUCUUCCGCCCCGGCGAAGCUGGAGAGCCUUCGGGGGGUUCCCCGGCCGCCUGCCUGUCGCCGCCUCCACAGCCUCAACCGCCAUCGGAGCUGCUGUGCGCCAGGCACCGGUGUGCACUCCUGGACGCACCGAAAGGUGAGCCUGGAGGAGGAAGAUGCUGGAGCGGAGCGGCUGGCGGCCUCCUGUUCCCCCCGGGGGCCGGCCUGGAGCUGCAGCUGGCCGCUUUGGGGCUACAUCAGGCGCCCCCGACAGCCCCAGGAGGGCUGGGCAAGCCCCCCACCGACUGCCCCUGCAUGAGCUUCCUGCCUCCGCCGCCUCUGGCCCCGCCGCCCACUCUGCCCUUGUUACCCCCGGGGGAAGAGACCAGCGACGCCCUGCUCGUGUUGGAAGCCCUCGGCCCCGACGAGGAGGAAGAGGAAGAGGAGGCGGCGGCAGGGCCGGCAGAAUCCUCUUCCCACCAAGCCGGCAUGGGGGGCAGCCGCUUCCAACCACCCACUGCAGCAGCCCCGGUUUCUCCUGCUGCUCCUCCGGCUGGCCCGGUGCCCCCCGCUGCUGUCUCCGGGGCCAACCGCCCGAGUCCGUCCGCCCCUUCCAGGAAAGGCUCUUUCAAGGUCCGCCUGAGUCGCCUCUUCCGCACCAAAAGCUGUAGCGGCCCGUCCUGCAACCCCACCGCCCCCGCUGGUGCCCGUCGGGUCGGGGAGAGGGAGCUCUUACAAGCCACUGCCAACUCGGCGAACGCCACCGCGGGGAGCCUCCCCGAUGUGUCCCAGCCUGGGUGUCGGGAGCAAGACUCCGGCAGAAAACCAAGGUUGAUGAGAACGCGAAGUGCCUUUUCUCCAGUUGCUUUUGGUCCCCUCUUCACUGGUGAGACGGUGUCAUUGGUGGACGUGGAUAUCUCUCAGCGUGGUCUGACGUCCCCACACCCUCCAACUCCGCCACCUCCCCCACGGCGAAGCCUCAGCCUUUUGGACGAUAUCAGUGGGACACUGCCUACAUCUGUCUUAGUGGGUCCGAUGGGGUCUUCGUCCCUCCAGUCUUUUCCUCUGCCUCCACCGCCUCCACCACAUGCCCCCGAUGCGUUUCCCCGGAUCCUCCCGAUUAGAGCGCCGGAAGCGGUACACAGCCAGCCUGCACAGCACCUUCAGUGCCCCCUCUACCGGCCCGACUCGAGCAGUUUUGCUGCCAGUUUGCGGGAGCUAGAAAAAUGUGGUUGGUACUGGGGUCCUAUGAACUGGGAAGAUGCCGAAAUGAAACUGAAAGGGAAACCUGAUGGGUCCUUCCUGGUUCGUGAUAGCUCUGAUCCUCGGUACAUUCUGAGCCUCAGCUUUCGAUCGCAGGGUAUUACCCAUCACACUAGAAUGGAGCACUAUAGAGGAACCUUCAGCCUUUGGUGCCACCCCAAAUUUGAGGACCGCUGCCAGUCGGUGGUAGAGUUCAUCAAGCGUGCCAUCAUGCACUCGAAGAAUGGGAAGUUCCUUUACUUCUUGCGUUCCAGGGUCCCAGGUCUCCCUCCAACCCCUGUCCAGCUCCUCUAUCCAGUUUCAAGAUUCAGCAAUGUAAAAUCGCUACAGCAUCUCUGCCGCUUCCGGAUAAGGCAGCUGGUUCGCAUCGAUCACAUUCCAGAGCUACCACUCCCCAAGCCUCUGAUCUCAUACAUCCGCAAGUUCUACUACUAUGACCCUCAGGAGGAGGUGUAUCUCUCGCUGAAGGAGGCCCAGCUCGUUUCCAAACAGAAGCAAGAGGCGGAGUCUUCAACGUAGCGAGGGGCCCCCUCCCACAUUGAUGCUGCCACAGUGGAAUUCGGUCACCAAUAUCCUGUAGCUAUGGAAGCUGCACUGGAGAGGACACCUGGCGUUUGUUCUCUGGCAGACUAUUGGUCUCCAGAGAGGGUCUGUGGGUCUGAAAGAAGCACAGUUGUGCCCAGAAAAAAGGAGCCGUGACCCCAUCUGGUUCCCCUGAGGAUGCUGAAUCUGCUGAAACUGGAUUACAAGCUCCUGGAAGGAUGGAGAAUCUCAUAUUUUUCUUGUUAAAUUUCUAUUUUUUUGGUGCCCCCCCCCGCCAUUUCCCCCCAUUCCCUUUCUUCCAGCAUGGAAAUAGUGAGCUGAUUUUACAUUUUGUUUACCUGUUGGCAUUUUGGGGUGGGGCAGCGGGUUAGGGGUGGGGCGAGGGGCUCAACAGGAUUCUUGACUUGAUCAACAAAACUGCAUUUCCAGUCCAAUCGUUUUGACUAAAGAAUGCUGCUGUCGCAAGCUGAGUCUGAGCUUGAGCUAUGUAAAACCCGUUGGGUUGGAGAGGCCAGAGAAUGGCACCUGAGGUACAGCUUCCUGCUCUCUUGAGGGAAGGUGGAGAAGCUGGAGCCCCACCAAGCAGUGGAAACGAGCCAUGUGCUUUCGAAGAGUGAUGAGAAUUCCAGGGGUGUGUGUGGCUGGACCCAGCCAGAUGGUUAACAUGCAGUUGCCAUUAUUUGAACAAAGACAGGACACCAGAAGCAUUGUGAAGUUCUUCCACUGUAGGUGCUGUUAGCUUUUUGAAUAAUGCACAGAUUUGCCUUUCUUCUUGCUGUGCAACUCUGGCACUUGUUCAGGCAGCUGUAACCCCAGCAGGCAGAGGUAAAUACACAUGGAUGCCUGAAGCUAUCCCCAGUCCUGCAAAGCCACUAGCCUCGGUCUUUCACCCAUUGUUCCCAAAAGCUGUGACCAAGAUGGGCUACCCGAACAAGCAGAGCAGGGUCCUGGCAAGCAAAAGGAAAUGCCUCCUGGACCUCUGAAUGCAGAAAAGCGGAUAUUUGAAGCACCUUAGUCCUGUCCUGAUGGGAGAGUGGGAGAGAGAAAAUGGAAGUUGGGGGCAGUCCUUCAUGACUCUUGUCUCCUGCCCAUGAUGCUCUUAUCAUCUAGCCUUAGUGGGAAAUCUGCUAAAUACUUCGAUACAGAGAGUGUGUGCUAUGGCAAGCCACAGGUUCUCUUGUACCAAACAAACCCUCACAGCUGUCCAGAAGUGAUUGUGGCAUCCAAGAGCUAUUUUUCCCCUCUUUUUGUGUGGUAAAUCCUUUUCCAGCUCAGCUGAGUACUUGACAUAAUUUCCCAGUGAUUUUUUAAAAAAAGCUGUAAUGGUGGUGGUUAUGAUGUUUUUUUUUGGUUUUUUUUUAAAGGCUCACUCCAUAUUUUGUGACCUAACCAUUCUUUACCCCCGGCUUCAUUUCCAUAUAGAUAUAAAAGCCCUCUGGAUAUAGGAAAUUUCAAGGUUUAUAGUUGCUGAGACACAAUGAUUUCUUUAAGACUUAAGAAUUUGAGGAUGACCACUAACUCUUCUAAAAUAAGAACCAAAACAACAAACACCAGUAGUUCUGAGGAAAAUGAAACUCCGUUCUCCUCAUCACCAUCCCUUCCCACUAAAAAAAAAAAAUCUGAACACACUCAAUCUUUUUUCUACCUUUUUCUAUAAUAUUUAGUUCCUGAAUUUAUUUUAUAUUUAUUGCCUGAGCAUUUCCUCAGUCCUCAAGAAGAUCACCUUCUGUUGCUUCUCUUUGUAUGUUUCUUUUUUGUUGUUGUUGUUGGUUAUGAAUUGAAGAUGCACUGAGCUACUUAAUGUUGAGCCCCUGAAGAUCUGAUAUCUCAUAAAGGUUUCUGCAGCAGCCGAGACUUGUUUUGUGAAAAUGUGAGCCAAUUAAGCUGUCAAGUCUGCAUUGUGGUGGUAGGAAAGUAAAAUUCUCUUUCUUGUUCUGAUACACUCGAAAAAGGAUUCCAAACAAACCAGAAGACCACUCCCCAAGAGCCUUCUAGAUGUGCAUUUUGACAAGAAGUAAUACACUGGAAAAACAAUCUGCGUUAUGCUAACUAGCAUGCUUGGAAGCUUCUGUUUGGACUUAAAGGUACUGAACUUGUUUACAAGUAACAGCCAAAGGGGUAUUAGAGGCUGUGCUUCUACCACAACAUAAAUAUUUCUAGUAGCUCUCUGGGGAAUGCUUCAAGGUCUCGGAUUGUGUGUAGGUUGUCAAAGUUGGCAUCUUCCUCCUUCCCUUCCUCCCCACAAAAAACAAAAACACCUCCAGUUCAUCCUCUCUGCCCUCCUCACCUCAAAAUGGCAAGCUUCUCAAUUUUUGGUGUGGACGAAGAUCCUUUUUCUCUCUCCCUCGCUAGUUUGAACAGGAUAUGAAACCAGAUGUCCCACAGACCUAAGGCUGCAUGCUUUGGGGAGGGGCAUUUCUUAAAAUUUGGUUCAGACACGCACAAAUUAUGCCCCAGUGCUGCGUACCUUCUACUGGCCUCCUGCCCCUUUUGUUGACUUCUCUGUUAGAACAUUUACGGAAUGCCAUUGUUUGACUACUGAGUAGCAAAGGCCAAUUGUGUAAAUAACUUGCAGGGAGUUGCUUGACUUCCCAUGGCCAUUGUUGCAUCCAUGUUAGGUCUGCUGUAGGUUUUCCUGUAAAAAGGAACCACCAUUUUUAUCCCCCGCCCUUAAAUUCCUCUGUGGGGCUGUCUGGCUAGAGUGUGUUUAAAAUGUGUGAUUGGUUGUGGAUGAGUGUUACACAGCAAGGAAUUAAAUUAUGCACUGUAGCUCUUCUGUUGUCUGCCUCUGACUGAACUGCUGCUUUGGGUUUUUUAUGAUGCAGCAUCUGUUACUCUCCAUUUCUUUGUAAUAGAAAGAAACUGUUAACUUGGAACAAGAUGGUAGCUUUUGGAAACUCUUUAGAAUCAAUAGCCCCAUUAAUUAUCUUACAUUCAAACUGGAACUGGAAGUUUCUCAAUGUAUUGCCUCCCUGUAUAUCUUGGGGCUUUACAAAUAACGUUCCUUCUCCUGUCAUCUGGAACAAGAAGUAAUGUGUGACUGCUUCCUUUCCUUCUGUAAAGCCUUUUGAUCAGAUCAAGAUUUAAGGGAUGGCACAAGGGCUGAACUACUCUUAAGAGUAUUACUUUGCCUAUGUGAAAGAGCAAUGACAUAUCCAAAACUACUGGUGUGAGUUUUGGUUAGUUCCACAGGAUGAGAUGCAAAAAUAAGUGAGGAGGAGUUGGUGGUUGUGCCACUGUAUAUUGGCCCAGAAUUCAUUUUUGUGGGGACUUCCAGAACUACAGUGGCAGGCUUUUUGGUUUCUGAGUUCAAAUUUUAAUCUUUAACGAGACGAGGCACAGGUGCAGCUUGGAACAGUCUUGCUCUUAAAUGGCUUUGAAGUGUUUAAUGUUUAGGUGCUAACUUGAGGCUAAAAAGGGCACUGUCUUAUAAGAUGCUAAAAGAGGCCAUUGUUGCCCACAAACAAUUCUGCACAGUGCUGUGGCUUGUCCUUCCUGCCACCCCUGGCAUUUGAUAACGCUCGAGGACAAGGGACAUGUGCAUCGAUCAAAUAGAAAAGUAGUGGUAGUAAGUAUGUAUUUAAUAAAGUGCCUAAAAUAACUAGGCACUAUACAAAGUCCCUUGCAAACUCAUGCACUAAUGAGAGGAUUUCAUGCAUCGUUGCAAUUGAAACUUCUCUGCAGAAAGAAUGUGUGUCCAAAAUGUAAUGGAUUAAAAAAGGGGGGUGGGGAGGCUCUGGCCCUGAGAAAGUGACACCCACAAAUUGUUAAAAUGCCUUCAUUUUUUUUCUUUUAAAAUCCUUUUAUGUAAGUUUUAGGGUUUCACAGAUCUCUGCAUCAGAGGAAAAAUAUGCAUGUAUGACUGUCUUUGCCCUGUGUGAGUGGUGCAACCUUUUCCUUCUGCGAUCUCUUGCAGAGCAAGGUUAUAUGCCUUUUUGUUCUGCCAACUGUUAUAAGAAUAGUUUUGCAAAAUACUUUUGAUUUUCCCUUUUAAUGAUAGUCUUGUCAGGUAGGUUACAAUUACCGUUUUCUUUCACUGAUGGAAGCCAAGAUGCUAAUGGUGACAUGCCGCAAAAUGUGCAAAAAGUUCAUGGUAGAAGUGGGUUUAAAAUUCCUAUUUUUUAACUCCUAAUCCAGUAGGGCUAGCUAACUGAGCAUAUAGUGGGGGAGUUGGUGGCUAAUUUUUGCAGCUGUUUCACCUAGCUGCAGCCUGUCAAGUGUGCGGUUUGUUCUUGUAAUCCCAGGCAAAUAGCAAAAACCACAGGUUUAUCAAGCAAGCCCCUAGCAGGCCAUAAAGCAGAACUGAUUGGCAGUGUUCAGCCUGGUGCAUUGCAAGCUGAACAUGUGUGACCAAUGGAGGAGUGGUGAGACUGAUUACACUCCCAUUGCAGCCACAAGCUUGUCAAGUCAAUUUCACUCAAUGGGCUAUAUUAGCCCUUGUGGAAAACCAACCAUAUUUUAAUAUACUACAAAUUAAAUACUUUGAACAGUUCCAAAAUUACUCUGGACACUGGUGAAAUAUUAUACUGGGCACUAAUCAAUAAGUCCCUGUAGCAUUGACAUUAAUUUGAAAUAAUUAUAAAAAUAAAAUGAUUAUUGCCUAGGGAUACAAGUAUCAAGCAGUAUAGAAAUUAAUAAAAUUAAAGCACUUAUGCCAUCUGUUGGAGAAAGCUCAGCAGUGGUCAUGUUUUGGGCUUGUUUCAGCUUUUCCAGUGCACAGCUUAAAAUGGUACAAAAAACCCUGCCAAAACUGAUUUGAUGGGGUGGGUGGGUGAGAAACAGAAUUGAAGUGUGCAUCUUGAGGGCAAUAGCAACUCAGUAGCACUGCUUCCAUGUAGCUGAAAAGCUGACAUGUACACAAUCUCUGUUCUGUGUAACUCAACAGCUUACAUAUUCUUAAAAUGUCCGCACAGUAGGAUAUCACCUUAACUGCAUUGUCAGAUGGGCUUUUUAAAAAGCUUAUUUGCAAAACUCCAGGUUUGCUUUUUGUGUGCAUGUGUAUGUGUGUUAAUUUAUUCAAAUAGCUGCUUUAAUUUAUUUUCAGAAUUAUAGAAAAUGUAAAAAUGACCCCAGACUUGCAGGCCAGUCUUACAGUUUGGGCUCAUGGGGGAGGGAUGAAAAGCUGUUUUAUAUGAAAAUAAAUGCACUUUGGGUGUGUUUAGACAUUUUUGGGAAGGGGUCAGACUGUUUUAUGGACUGGGUUUUGAAUGGCCUUGUCUGUAUAUAUUGUAUCAAUAGGCACGUUUUUGGUUCCUUAUUCAGAGGCGUUUGUAAUUGCUGCAGGGUCCUGUCUGGAAAACUCAUGUACUAAAUAAUUUUGCCCCAAGAUUGGGGUGGAAGGGUUUUGUUUUGUUUGUUCUUUUUUGGGUAAAUUUUGUCAACCAUAGGAGAGAACUUUGUCCCUCUCCUGUUUGUAUCUCAUUUCUAUUGUGGGUUGUGUUUUGUUCUUUUGGCCUAUGGGUGAUUGUUUGACAGGGUAGGUGGGGAAAAGGGUUUGAAAUAAAAUACUUAAAUGGUC